AUGGCGAGCCUCGCAGCAGCAGCAGCAGCCGUGUCCACCCACAGGAUCUCCGGUCUAAGGGCCCGGCCGGCGACGGCGGCGGCGGCGGGGCGCAGAUGUGCGGCGGCGCCGGUGAGGGCCUCACUGAGGGAGGCGGCGGCGGGCGUCGUCGCGGCGGCGGCGGCGAGCGCGGUGCUGGCUGGCAGCGCGCUGGCGAUGGAUGUGAAGCUCGGUGGGGAUGACGGGUCGCUGGCCUUCGUCCCGCAGGAGUUCAGCGUGCCCGCCGGCGAGAAGAUCACCUUCAAGAACAAUGCGGGGUUCCCCCACAACGUCGUCUUCGACCCGGACGAGAUCCCGUCGGGGGUCAAGGUGGAGGAGAUCUCCAUGUCGGAGGAGGACCUGCUCAACGCCGCCGGCGACGAGUACAGCGUGGUCUUGAAGGAGAAGGGCACGUACAGCUUCUACUGCGCUCCCCAUCAAGGGGCCGGGAUGGUGGGGAAGGUGACCGUCAACUAA